CUAUUGGAGAGCUGAUCGUUUACUCCUCCUCCUCCUCCUCAUGCUGUCGACUGUGUGGGUGUCUGACAGCUCCGCGAGUCUCAACCCGGAGCGCUUCAACACUCACCGCUCUCCGCUCAAAUGCGCGUUUCUUCCUGCGUACCUACGUUCCUCGCUCCUCAUGUCCUCCGUAACUCUCUCAGGAUCGUUUCGGUGCUGAUGUGAGUCCAGUACUUUCAUUCAUUUGGCACGUUUCUUCAGUCGAUGAGUAUGCGUUCACGGUGGAGUUGCAUCGCCUGGAUUUGCGUCUUCAGUCUCGGCGCGUUCAGGACUUCCUGCAUUCCCGGUAAUGAAGUGAACUUGCUGGACUCUCGCUCUGUAAUUGGUGACCUGGGGUGGGUCGCGUACCCGAAGAAUGGGUGGGAAGAAAUUGGAGAGGUGGACGAGAACUACGCGCCCAUCCACACGUACCAGGUGUGUAAGGUGAUGGAGCACAACCAGAACAACUGGUUGCAGACGAAUCUCAUAUUAAACCAAGGUGCCCAGAGAGUGUUCGUGGAGUUCAAGUUCACUCUACGGGACUGCAACAGUCUCCCCGGAGGUCUGGGCACGUGCAAAGAGACUUUCAACGUCUACUAA